AAAAGGCUCAACAAAAUAAUGAUCAGCCUGCACAGGUUAUUCAAGUUAUUGUAUCUGAUAGUACAAAUGAAGUGUAUCCAUAUCUUCCAUCAUGUGAUGCACUUCGUCAAACCAUUAAACGAUGA